AUGAGAUCUGUUUGGCACAUCUGCCUACUGCUGGCACUGCCCAGCUUUGGCCUGGCCCAGACCUGUGUUGUGGACUCCAUCCCUGUGAAGGCUGACUUUGACCCCAAGAGGUAUGCAGGGAAGUGGUAUGCACUGGCCAAGAAGGAUCCCGAAGGCCUCUUUCUUCAGGACAACAUCUCUGCAGAGUACACCAUUGGGAUGGAUGGCACCAUGACAGCCUCCUCCCAGGGGCGUGUGAAGCUAUUUGGGUACUGGAUGAUCUGUGCAGACAUGGCGGCACAGUACACAGUCCCUGACCCAACCACCCCAGCAAAGAUGUACAUGACUUACCAGGGGCUGGCCAGCUACCUGUCCAGUGGAGGGGAUGACUAUUGGGUGGUGGACACAGACUACAACCACUACGCACUGACCUAUGCCUGCCGGGUUUUGAGGGAGGACGGGACAUGUGCCGAUGGCUACUCCAUUGUCUUCUCCCGAAGUCCUCGGGGCCUCCCCCCUGCUCUCCAGAGGACUGUCCGCCAGAAGCAGGAAGAGAUCUGCUUGUCUGGACAGUUCAAGCCAGUUCUUCAGACAGGGCUCCUCUCCAGGGCUCCCGAUGCCUCCUUUUGGGUGCCCUCAUGCAGCAUCACUGGUGCUUCUGUUUGCGGUCCUCCUCUGCUGCGGCUGCAGCUGCCCUAG